AUGAAGCUUCUCUAUCUCUUGCCUCUAUUGCUCGUGGUCAUCAGUGCUGACGAUCAUCCGCCUACUGAUGAUGAUCCAGACCAUACUUCGACUGUUGAAAUGAGUACUUCAACGCAUCAUUUAGAGACCGAGCAUGUUUCCACCGUUCAGAUCAGUACCUCGACGCACCAUUCAGAGACGGAGGAGCAUACAUUGACAGUGUCCGCCAUUACUUCCACACAUCACCCCGACACCGAGCACACAUCGACCGUACCUUCGUCGACAAACCUGUCUGGAUCCAACCACACUCCCUUCCCCAGCUCCACUUUCAGCAAUGGCAUCAUGACAACAACGACAAGACCACCUUCAAGCGGUGUCGUGUGCCGACCACUGCCUGGUUCCACAUUGUCUCCCUCUCCCAGCCUGACGGCCUUCUGCCUCAUCCUCUCUGCCCAUCCAAUGCACACGGGCAUGAUGGGCGGUGGCGGCAUGAUGGGAUCCGAAUAUCAAUGCCCGGACUACAAUGGGAGCGGCUUUCACUAUACCAUGAACAUGAUGGGCUCAAUUCCCAUGUGCUGCACCGCUUCCGCGACACUGACUCGCGUCGAAUUCUCCGUGGGCUGUUGCCCGUGCGGCUCGAUAUGCACGGGUUCUAUCCCGCGCGCUCAGAACUGGUACACUGCGGCUGAACGUGAGCAGACGGAUGUCGCCAGGAAUCGUAGAGCUGACGCCAGCGAACAAACUCUAGGUCAAGUCGUGCUCACCACGGGCGCUGUGCCUGGCACCGCUACUGCUACCGCUACCGCCACGCCCACCGUCGUAGAAGGCGGAGCAAGUGAUUCUUCAUUCCACAGAGGUACCCGUCUGAGUCUGUUUCUGCUCGUUAGCAACUUGAUCCUAGCUGUCUUGAUGGGCAGCGAACUUUUUUCGUAA